ACGACAGUUGAGUCUCACACUCCGCGCGUAACUGCGUUUCCUCAGGUGGUUCCGAAUCUUAGCAAGGUUUAAAGUCCUUGCAUCCUAGCGGGGGGAGAGAGCACCGACUUCGGUCGGCCCAGCUGCUGGCAGCGGGGACAGCUAGGCGUCUGCUCGCCCUUGUCAUUUGACAACGCUCCACAAAAAAAAAAAAAGAAAAAAAAGAGUGAGCUGGGCUGGCGCGGAAGUCUUACUAAUCACAUUCCUUUUUUGGUUGUUUAGCACUUACAGCUGGGCCGAUUUACAGAUUUACAAAGUAGCUGUUUCAAUUUUGAACGCGACUACUUCUGCGCUACUGGUAACUGUGCACGCUCAUUCUCGGACCUUGAUUGCUUUUCAGCUUUCAACAGGUAUUUGAGGCGACCGGGAUAACUGAUGUUGUCUCGAGGGUCCGCCCAAAUACUCUCGCCAUUCCUUCGCUGUCGCAGAAAAUUCUCUUCAAUCAUUGAAAGCAACAAUUAUGAUGUUUGUAUUAUUGGUGGUGGACAUGCUGGAUGUGAAGCUGCAGCUGCCUCAGCACGAACUGGAUCACGUACCCUGCUAUUAACCCAAAAGCUGGAAACUAUUGGCGAACUAUCGUGCAACCCCUCGAUUGGUGGUGUUGGGAAAGGCACUUUGGUCAGGGAGAUAGAUGCGCUUGACGGGCUGAUGGGACGUAUUUCAGACAAAGCGGGUAUUCAGUUUCACAUUCUGAACAGAUCCAAGGGUGCUGCAGUGUGGGGACCUCGUGCACAAAUCGACCGGAAGUUGUACAAGAAGCACAUGCAAGCAGCACUUUCUGAAUGUAGAAACCUCAACGUGUACGCUGGCAGCGUAUUUGACCUUCUUUUUGACCAUAGCUCCAACGCCCCCAAUACUUGGGGUAAAAUAACCGGUGUACGACUAGACUCGGGAGAGAUUUUCCAUUGCUCUCAAGUUGUCAUAUGCACAGGGACGUUCCUGUCCGGCGAAAUACAUAUCGGGCUAAAAAGAUUCCCUGCUGGUCGAAUCGAUGAUGCACCAUCUGUUGGACUCUCUGCCUCACUCAGAAAUGCGGGUUUCAGACUCGGUCGCCUGCAAACCGGUACACCAGCACGACUAGACGGGAAAACCAUAAAUUUCACCAACCUCGCCAGACAAAUUGGCGAUCAAGUUCCAUCGCCGUUCAGUUUUCUCAACCGUGAAGUAGAUAAUGUGGCCAAUCAGGUCGAUUGCUUUCAGACAGCUACCACUCCCGCAACCCAUCAAAUUGUGAGAGAUAAUCUGCACAAUUCCGUCCACAUCCGAGAGACCAAGAAAGGUCCCAGAUACUGUCCCUCACUGGAGGCCAAAAUAAGUCGAUUUGGACACCGAGAGCAUCACAAUGUCUGGCUGGAGCCAGAAGGCUACGACUCUGAUGUGAUAUAUCCUAAUGGUAUUUCAUGCAGUCUGCCUGAAGAGAUCCAAGAACCGAUGAUGCGUACUAUUCCUGGCCUUGAGCAUGUGAAAAUGGUACGACCAGCGUACGGCGUCGAGUAUGAUCAUAUCGAUGCGAGGGAGCUGCGCCCCACAUUGGAAACGAAACGAAUUCAGGGACUAUUUCUGGCGGGUCAGAUUAACGGCACCACAGGAUACGAGGAAGCAGCAGCCCAGGGCAUCGUUGCUGGCAUCAAUGCAGGCCUUGCGGCUCAAACGCGGGCACCUUUCAUUCUUACCAGAGCUGACGGAUACACGGGUGUCAUGAUAGACGACCUGAUUGUCAAAGGAACUGAAGAACCGUAUCGCAUGUUUACCUCCAGGUCGGAAUAUAGAAUGACUCUUCGAAGCGACAACGCCGAUUUGCGGCUGACGGAGAAGGGACGAGCCGUUGGCGUUGUGUCUGAUUAUCGUUGGUCGGUAUUUGAAAGUACACGAGAAGCACUUCGCCGUGGUGCAGAGCUAUUGAGAUCCGUUCAACUUUCGCCUCAGGGAUGGGCAGCUCAUGGAUAUCAUGUACCUCUCGAUGGUGUUCGUCGCAGUGCUUUUGAGAUGCUUCGCUACCCCAACAUCAAGGCCGUCGAUAUGCGAAAGUUGAUACCAGAGCUCACCGAAAUUGAGGAUAAUCUUCUCGCGCGAAUCGAUGUUGAUGGUCGCUAUAACUCGCAACUGUUCCGACAAGAAGCGGAUCUCAAGGAUUUCAUGGAAGACGAGUCGCUCGAGCUAGAUCCUCAAAUGGACUAUCACACGGUGGAAGGUCUUAGUUCCGAAGUCAAAGAGCGACUGUUUAAAGUGCGGCCCACGACUAUGGGUGCAGCUAAGCGAAUGGAUGGCAUGACGCCGACGUCUGUCGUUAGCUUGCUGAGAUAUGCCAAACGCACUCAUCGCCGUAGGCAGAUUGGAGGUGGAACGAUAUCCCUGUAAAGUAGACCUCCCUGUUGAUUUUGUGUAGGGAUGUACUCGAAACCUCCGAAUUAUCCCGCGACACCCCGCGCACGGCGUCUCCACUAAACCACCUUCAUUAAUCUCUUACGUGGCAUAUGCGUCCUCAAUCCAGCAACAAGUUUCAGGAUUCAGUCGAGAAAUCGGUUUGAUAAAGAGUCAGCUCCAGGUUGUCGCAUGACAGGAAGC